GCAAAGAAUCAGAGAAUCUAAAGGAAUAAUCUUCUAGAAUGGAUCGCUGGCAGGAUCGUGUGGCUGUCGUUACGGGAGCGAGUUCUGGAAUCGGAGCCGCCGUUGCCCGGAAACUGGUCGAAUCCGGGGUGGUGGUGGUGGGUCUGGCCCGGAGAGUGGAUCGCAUGGAGGCCAUUAAGGAGCAGCUGCCGUUGGAGCAGCAGGCCCGAUUCCACACCAUUCAUUGCGAUGUCGGGGACCUCGAUUCGAUAACCGCCGCCUUUGAUUGGAUCGAGGAGCAGUUUGGAGGAUGCGAUAUUUUGGUCAAUAAUGCUGGCUGCCUUUUUCCGGGCCAACUGCUGACGCUGGACGUGGAGCAUCUGCAGCAGACCCUCAAUGUGAAUCUGAUGGGAACGGUCCACUGCACCAGACGCGCCUUUCGCUCUAUGCAGCAGAGGGAGGUGGCAGGUCAUGUGGUCCUUUUGAAUAGCCUCACGGGCGAGACGAUCAUCAAUCCGCCGGGUGACGAGCUGCAGGUCCUCAACAUGUAUCCUCUGACCAAGCACGGAAUUAAAGCUCUGCUGGAGGUCCUGCGCCAGGAGAUGAGGGGCUUUAAGACCAAAAUUAAGGUUACGAGCAUCACUCCUGGGGUAACCGAUACAGAGAUCCUGCCCGGGGGAUACGGCGUUCUGCCCAUGCUCAGCCCGGACGACAUUGCCGAUGGGAUUCUGUACGCUCUUGGUACGCCCCCCCACGUCCAGGUCCAUCAGCUGACCAUCAAGCCGUUGGGUGAGCCAUUCUAGCUCACAGAUCACAUUUCGGCCAAAAAACUAGAAACA